AUGUCCAAAGACCAAUGUGGAGUGUUUGAAGACGCCUCGGUGGUGCACUUCGCCACCCUGGUCAUGAUGACGUUUGCCAUUUUCCUCAGUUACGUUCCUCAAUACAGAAGAAUCUACCUCAAAAAGACCUCCGAAGGAUUAUCAGCCAGCUUCCUCUUUUUGGGGUCAGCUUCCUCCAUUUUAACAGUCACAAAUAUCAUCUUGGUGUCGUCAAAGGCCAGAGGGUGCUGUUCCAGUCUCUCUGUGUUUGAUUGUCUCAAUUCACAGCUUAGCUUGCUACAAAUCGGCACCCAAUGUGUGUGUGCGGUGCUCAUCCUCGUGGUGGUAUUGGUGAUAACCAAAGACUCCAUUAAGCAGGACAAAGAGGAGUACGCCCGCAUAGUCAAUGUGGGAAACGUGGUGGCUCUUCACGGACUUUUGUCGGUGGUGCAAAUCGUUGUGGGCCUCCACACGUCGUACCUCUACCCCAUUGCCAACGCCAACGGACUAUUGUCCACCGCCCUCACCAUGGUCAAGUACGUGCCCCAGAUCUACACCACCUACAAGCUCAAGCAUCCCGGGACGCUAUCGGUGGGGAUGAUGUGCAUUCAAACCCCGGGAGGGUUUAUUCUCACCGCCGACUUGUUCUUCACCAAGGGCUCGCACUGGAGCUCGUGGGUGUCAUACUUCACGGCGGCUUCGUUCCAGGGGGCGCUUUUGACGUUGUGCAUCUACUAUGAGUACUUCAAGAACCACGGCCUUGACGCGGAGUUGGGGGAAAGAAGAGCGUUGGAGCGCAUCGUGGAGGAGAACGUGGGGGCCGAGGAGCCCCUCCUCGCCGAGGGCGAGUGA